AUUGAAAGGGACGAGUAUUGUACCUCAAAGAUCAGAUUACAAGCAACAAGGCACUCAAGAAAUUCUUCUUCCCCCAGCACCCAAGGCUCUGGGAUCUCCUCCUUUUUUUUCUCGGCUCGAUUUUUUUUUUUUCCGUCCGUCCCCUUCUCUCCGAUUCUCCCUCUCUAUUUAUACAAAAACUUUGAAAAAACCUAAGACUUCCCUCAGAUUGCUUAUUCUCUCCUCUUUUUAGCCCUUUGAUUGCUCCCCUGUUUUCUUCACCAUUGAUCGGACGGCACAAAGUUGACCCAGUACUCUACCGACGAGCAUUGCUCUUUCUUCAUGAAAACCAAAGGGCGGGAGGGCUGCGCUUUGUCUGAUGUGAGGUUGUCGGAGAACGAGGACCGUUUGGUCGGCAAGCGAACGGGAAAGGGAGAGCGGGAAACCAGAUCUGGUUGAGGUUUUGCCGAGAAAGGAGGUUAGGGCUCAACAGCCGUUUUGGGAUCAAUUUGCAAUUCAGUCCGUAAGUUUUGAUUAAAUGUCAUUUUAGUCCUCAAAUUUAGUUCUUGUUUCAUUUAAGUCCCAGCGAAAUAGAACCUCCAUUUUAAAUUUUCUUAUUUUGGUACAAAGCAACAUUAUUUAGAUUUUAAUCUCAAUUUUUCUUUAAACAAAAUUUUCAAGUUAAU